GAUAAGCAAAUUCGCUCCCCAUUCGUUCACUAGUACUCGCUCGGUUUAGUUGGCACAGUUUUGUGUCCGAAUAAUUGUAUUAAGUAUUGACACACAAACAAACAAACGCACAUAUAGUAUAUUCCAAAUGGAGCUCACGCACAAAGAACGCACGGAAAUGAAGAAACACAUGAGCAAAGUACUCAGCGGCAAGGAGAAGCCCUUCGAUGGCCUACGCGCCCGCACCAUUGUGCUGCUCACGCACCGAACAAACGGCGCAGAAGUUUUCCUGAAGAUGACUCAGAGUCAGCCCCUGCGCAUGAAUCGGUACACCGCUUGGAAAUACUGCAAUCUGUUGCACACGGCCUUGCGCCACGGCACCCCACAAAUACUCGAGCUGAUGCAGCAGCCGCCACAACAACAAUUAUUGUAUGCAUUGAGUAACUAUUGGGCCUAUCAUACGGACGCUCUGUGCGCUUGCAUACUCGAGUAUUUGCAAUUGUUGUUGCACAAAAUCAGCUUCCACCAGAACUAUGCAUUCUUCACCGGCGCUCUGGAAGCCGACAUCACCAAGGAGUGGGACCUGGAUCUGUGUUUUCAAUUGUGCACUGACAUCUUCGAUUAUUUGGACCAUUUGCUUACGCUGCAACAAGCCAUCUUUUCGAGCUUGACCUUGCAACAGCUCGCUGUGGCCACACCCGAGACACUGUGUCGCCUGCAACCACUCAUUAACAUUGCCGCCGAAUGCAGCAUUCUAUAUGAUCAGGCGUCCAAUGCUAUGGCCACCGUUUGUGGCAAGUUGCCGCCUAUCGAUGUGAUGGGCUUAUGUAAUCGCUUCUAUGCGCUUUAUCAGCGCUUACGUGGCUUCUACUGCUCGCUGCAGCAGGCGAAGAUUAUACUCAAAAUGGAAUCUGUGCCGGAAUUGUCCACGACCGUGCCGGACUUCUUGGCGUUUAGUAACAGUAGCACUUGUGGCAGACAACCGACCGCACCGCCAGUGUGGCAAGUGGAAUAAUUUGUGGAAUGGAGAGGCGGUGCGCGGGUAUUCGAGUGAGGUUGGGAGGUGGCAAAGCAACUAUUGUGAUCGUAAUAUAUAUACUACGUAUACUUUCCUGCAUUUAUAUUAUACUUGCACGGAUUAUAUUAGAUUAGAUUAGAUGUUUAUAAUUAUAUAUGCGACAUAUGUGCAUAUGUAUGUUUGUGUGGGUACACAGACAUUUAGUUCAAGCGAUUUUAUUUUUAUUUAGAUAAUUCUUUUUAGCCAAUAUAAAACGUUUAAUUGAUAUAUGUAUUUAAUCAAAAAAUAUUUUUAAACAAUAUUUUCAUUUAUUGCGCAACAUUUUAAUGGAAUUAUGCAAUUGAAAAAAGAAGCCAAAUAUUUUGAAGACAAUUGCAUUCAUAAGUAUUAUAAUUAGGAAAUAUAAUAAUAUAAAUAUAAA